AUGGCAGACACCAGUAAACAUGCGGGCGUUCCGCAAGCUGGGGUUGCUGGUUCAGCGGCAGAAGCUGCAGCAAAAGCCCCCAAACCCCAAGGCAAUCCUGUCUUCCGGAUGAUGGGCCUCCCAAACUUCCGCUUCAAGCUCCCCUCCCGCAACUGGAUGAUCUUCCUCACCAUCACCGGCUCCUGGACCGCGGCGCUCGUCUACGACCGGCGGGAGAAAAAGCGCGUGCAGAAGAAGUGGUGCGAUCUGGUGUCGCAUCUGUCCCAGGAACCCUUACCGACCAGCGCGCUGAGGCGGAAGGUCGUGAUCUACCUCUCUGCGCCUCCGACUGACGGGCUCCUGGUUGCCCGUGAGCACUUCCACGAGUACAUCAAGCCGAUCCUCGUCGCGGCGGCGCUGGACUGGGACGUUGUGGAGGGCAGGAGAGAGGGAGACGUAAGAGCUGGGCUGGCGGAGAGGAUACGGAAGCUCCGGAAGAUGAAGGGGGAGCCUAGUCAGGAGCCCCUGGAAGAAGAUGAGGAGCUUGUUGUGCGGCAGACGAGGGAGAGGGCAGGGUUCACGGAUGAGGAGGGCGUUCAGGGGGAUAUAGUGGUGGGGAGACACACAUGGAAGGAAUACGUUAGGGGCCUACACGAGGGGUGGUUAGGUCCGCUUGACGCGCCUCCACCGCCGGUAGAAGAGCAGCCUUCACUAGAAGCCACACUGGACCCAGCACCCACCGACAGCCAAUCUCCAGCACCCACCGAUAUCCUUUCCUCCACUCCCUCCCAACCAACCGACGACGCCUCUCCCACCGCUCCCUCGCCACCUACAGACUCCACAACCACACCACCAGCACAAGAGCCCCCCAAAGAAGAAGCGAAACCCGCAAAGCGAAAACAACCACCCCCCUUCAUCUACCCCUCCGACUACUCCGCCGCAACGCCCUCUCCAAACCUCCCCUCCGAGUUCCCUCCCUCCAACACGAUCCCCCUCCCACACAUCCUCGGUUUCCGGAACACCCCGCUCCGCAUAUACCGCUUCCUGCACCGGCGCGUCCUCGCCGACGACAUCGGACGGGAUGUCGCCGCCGCCGUGCUCGCGUAUAACAGGCCGUACUACCAGGUUCAUGAGAAUGCGGCUGUGGGCGCUGGUGAGGGUGAGACGGUCGGCGUCAGCGACGCGGCUUCUGGGCAGGGCGAGAGCUGGGAGCAGCAGGGGUUGCUGAGGCAAGAGGAGGAGGAAUGGCAUAAGAGUGUUAGGAAGAGGGAGGCGGGGGAGAGGGAGAGCGUGUGGCUUGAUCCGGUAACCCUGGAUCCGAGGAUUGCGGAAAGGAUGAGGCGGUUUGUGCUGUAUUAUCCGGAGGAGCAGAGGGCGAUGAGGAUUGCGAAGGGAGAAGAAGGGCCGAUUAGGAGCGAGACGGCUGCAGAAAGGGAGGUUUAG